AAUUCAAUCUUUGAAUCUACUACACAGAGAACCACCGAUUCGAGAGUAGCCAUGGGGAUACUAUCAUGGUUCACUGGAAGUCCUAAGCCGUCAAAGUCCGAGACGUCGAAGCCGGAGAUGAUACAGAUGCCUAAAUCAGAAACUCCAGCUCCAGGGAUGAACGGAGCCAUAGAAGUUCCUCGACCCGAUCGCGCGACUGUUUUCGAGUUCGGCUCCGUUGCUGCCACCGGAGACAGAGUCACUCUCGCUGGAUACUGUCCCGUUUCCGACGAUCUCGAACCUUGCCGUUGGGAGAUUCUUCCCGCCGACGGUAAAGACGCCCCGCAGUUUCGCGUCGUCUUCUGAAGUAUCAGUCACUAGUUAAUUCCCAGAUCCGAGUUUCUAAAAAGAUGUAAUCUCGUCUUCGAGAAUUGUAUUUUGUUCUGGUAAUCUCAUCGCUCUUCUUCUUCUAUAAAAAAAAUCGAACAAGUUCUCAUCUUUGCUAAUUGGACUGUUAAUAACAAAUAAAUGUCAACGUUUGAAUUAAUAUAACAAUAAGCUUCGUUUUGUU